GGUUAAUGUGUCAGAAACUGCCAGAGUGAAGUGACCGCCGGGAAGGGAGCAGUUCGUUUGUAAGUGAGCAGUGAAUUUCGAGAUCCCAGCAGAAACUUUAACUGUUCAUCAAAUGGCAGGAAGACCAUCUAGUCAUCGGAGAAAGCAGGGGGCUGAUGCAAAACCACUAAUGCCUCAAGAGGGAGCUGUGCUUCCACAUACUAAAGCAGCCAGUCCAAGCAGUUCAGGAUCUAGAAGCCAAGGAGGUAGAGCAAAGGGUGGGAGCCCCAGCUCAGCCAAGCCCUCAAACACUGGAAGAUCUCCGAACUCAACUGCUAACACCAGAAACGUUGAAACACAGAGAUUCACCAAGUCAGCUACAAGAGGAGCAGAAAGCAGUGGAAAUGGUGCCUCACGAAACACAUUGGUUAUUGGUAAAGCCAACUCUGGAUCCCAGGAAUUGAGAAAAGAGAGACCAUUUAAAAAUCAGGUUGACCAAAAAGGUCAGGGCAGCAUUUCUGCACACCCAGAGAUGAUCAGUAAGCAGAGAGUAGAAGAGAUUGAGAAAGCCACAUGGGGUCAAAGGGAAAACCCAGCCUGGUUUGAGCAGCGCAGAAACCGAAUCACUGCCUCAGUUGCGCAUAAGAUUUCCCACAGCAAGUUUGCAAAUGGUAAAAGUACAGAGGUCCCUCAGUCCUAUGUGAGGUCCAUUGUGGGUCAGGGCUCAACUGUUAUGACUCCUGCAAUGAAAUGGGGUAUCCAGAAUGAGCCUGCUGCCAUAAAAAAAUAUGAGAAGCUGAAGUCUGAGGAUAUUGGGCGCCAAGUAACUGUCAAGUCAUGUGGGCUGUUCGUUGACCCAGAGAAGAACUGGUUGGCAGCGAGUCCUGAUGGAGUAGUGGUUGACAAGGCAACAGGGGAUACCAUUGGCCUGGUGGAAGUCAAAUGCCCCUACAAACACAAGAAUCACACCAUCAACAAAGCUUGUGAAGACAAAACAUUCUGCUUGGAACAGAACAAAGGUGAACUUCAACUGAAAAAGAAUCAUCCCUAUUAUACCCAGAUUCAGUGCCAGUUGGCAGUUGCAGGUGUUGACAAGGCUGACCUUGCAAUCUACACUGACCGCGAUGUUGCCAUUGUACCAGUGAAAUCUGAUAAACAGUUCUGGAAAAAUACUGAAAAUAAACUGGAAGAUUUCUACACCAGAGCAGUCGUACCAGAAUUACAGAAAAAUAAUGCAGUGUUGGCGAAUGAAGAGUAGCCAAAUGAAAGAUUCUGAGUGUUUCCCCAAAUAAACCAAUACUUAAAGCAUUGCAGCUUUUCCCUUCAAGAAAAUGUCUGGAGUCAAAAGUGUAAAUGAAAAUUCAUGACAAACUUUAAGAAAUUGAAAGAUUAUAAAACUGUGACUUUCUCAGCUUUAUAGCAGCAAGUAGUUACAAAGCUUCUGUGAUGGAAAAUGUGAUUACACAAUUC